GUUGGGACGCCGGUCAAACCAAAGAAUGACGGCCAGGAUAAGGCACUCAUGGGCCGUGUAUUGGCUGAUUUGAAAGAAGUUGUCUCCAUUGUGCGGGAGGCCAGUGCACAACAAUUUGAUAGGAUGUGCACCCUUGAAAGAAAAAUGGACGAGUGCCUUAGGCGUACCCUUGCGAACGGUAGACGCACGGACGGCCUCAUCACAGAAUUCAAUAACCACCGAAAUAUUUGAUGUUGAUCGCCCAGGAGUCGAGGACAUACAACUAUCUGACCUGGGAGUACCUGCGGACCCAAUGGAGGUCCCAGGAGAGAAUACUACUCGCCAGCAAUAACAAAAAGAUGACACGGAGGUCAUUGCCAAAGGCAUUUCUGCUAAGGGAAUACAAAAAGAUUACAUGGAUGCCCCCAAGAAGAACGUAUCUGAAGAUUUGCAGCCUGCUCCUAGUUUGCAAUCGCGAAAGCAUUCAAAAGCCAAGAUUAGCCUUGAAGCUUUCAUGGAUGAAGAAGACAAAGUUGUUGCUGCAGCUUGCAAGGAGAGUCUCAAGAAUGUUUCACAGCUUUAUAAAGAGGUGGAUGCAUCGCAGGGUGCUCCGAGUUUGGAUUCGCGAAAGCGUUCCAAAGCCACCACAAGCCUUCAAGCUUUCCUGGAUCCUCUGAAUUGGAGGCACAAUGAGAAUGUGCGAAAGACUCAAGAAAGAAGAAAUCAAGAUGAUGAAGAUGUCAGUAUUGAGGUGGGUGCAGAGGUAGGUACCAAAAGCAACCACCAGUCUGCCAAGGCUAAGGGAAUAAGGGAGCCGGAAGAGCCCCAUGUCUUCCCAGUUGAUGAGGACAACUAUGAUGGUUCUUUAGCAAAGCAGCGAUAAGAUAGUGGGGUUGAUUCCAUGCUACCAACUCGUGCGAGCAGACGGAAAAGAGUGGCCUCUUCAUUAUUGUGCAAUGAAGAUUUUGUUCUGUACGAUAGUGAUAAGAAGAGAAAGAAAAACAGGACUCCAUCGAAGUCUACCAAUGAUUCCAAGGACACAAAGAAUACAAAGAGGAAAAACCAUGCAAGCAAUUUAAAAGAUACA